AUGGCGUUCAUUGACGAAUUCCGUGAGCUCGCGUGGUCCGAUAUUCCCGGGCGGCUCCUGAACAUUCUGGCACUCGUGCUGAUUAUCCGCUUUGGGCUCUUCUUGUACAAUGGUUGGCAUAUACGGAUGAGGUUUCGAAAGCUCCAGGCUGGCGGCAUUGUGAUUCCCUCUAAGCACUCGCUCGUAUUCGGCCACCUACUACUUCUCAAAGGCAUCCGUGACCUCUAUCCCAAGGAUUCCGCCAGCACCUAUGCGACACGGCACAUAGUUAUGAACUGGCGUGACUUCUUCCCCGAGUCAACUACGUGCCCCUCCGUCAUCUACCUGGAUUUCUGGCCCUUCAGCAGCGAGCCCGUGGCGAUCAUAAAUGAUCCAGCGAUGUGUCAGACUGUUACGGCGGAUCGCUUUCCUAUUCGGCAUGAGCAAGGUAAAUACCUUGCGAGGACGAUGUCUGGCCCUCGAAACCUAUUUGCUUUCGAUGGAGAAGAACAUAAAAAAUGGCGCUCGAGGCUCAACCCAGGAUUUAGUGCCCGAAAUCUCCAGUCCCACAUCGCUGGUGGUAAGGUUGUGGAUGAAGUUUUGAUUUUUGCAGAGCGGCUGAAGAAAAAGGCUGGUAUGGAUGGACAGCUGGGUCAUACUUUUCAAUUGUUUCCAAUGGCAAUUGAUCUGACGUUUGAUAUCAUCUGCAGGAUUGUUUUAGACUUCAGUCCAGGCGAGCAACUCAAUGGGCCUACUGAGAUGCAGGCAGCCUUCCGUGUAAUCAGUCAGCAUCUCGUGUUCAAGAGUUGGGCAAGUCUUCACAAACGCCUCAAUCCUUUCUGGCAGCUCGACCUGUGGAAGAGUCACCGGACUUUGCGACGUGUAGUGCUACCACAUAUCAAGAAGCAUAUCGGAGGACAUUCCUUGGUGGUAAAGAACUCGGCGUCGCAGAAGACGGUGCUCGACCUAGCUCUCAAAGAACUUGAGGUGGAAAGUCCUGGAGCUGAGACCAGUGAUCAAUUCAUCGAGGACGUGGUAGGACUAACCAAGCAGUUCAUUUUUGCAGGCCACGACACCACGGCCAUAAACAUGUCUUCUGCUUACCACUUCCUCAACAAAAACCCCGAUGCACUCACUCGGCUGAGAGACGAGCACAACAGUAUAUUUGGGUCCGACCCACGUAAGGCCCCUGAAGUACUGCGGCAGUCACCACAUCUCUUGAGCUCUCUCCCUUUCACCACGGCCGUGGUGAAAGAGACCUUGCGUCUUUGCCCCGUCGCCGCGAGCGUAAGACAAGGAUAUCCGGGAUAUGCCCUUCGAAGCAAUGAUGGUAUGGAGUAUCCGAUGGAUGGCUUUAUAGUUGUUACUGGUGUCGCUUGCCUGCAAUUCAGCCCAGAAAUGUUUGUGAGGCCGACAGAAUUCCUUCCGGAGCGGUGGGUUGCCCCCGCGAACGAUCCACUGCAUAUUCAAGACGAGGCAAAGUACGCAUGGCGGCCCUUUGAGUGGGGGCCGAUGUCUUGCAUAGGAAUGGAGCUGGCAAUGGUGGAGCUGAAGAUGGCCCUGUUGCUCACCAUUAGGGAGGUAGAGGUGGUGACUGCUUUGGAGGAUUGGGAUAUAUUGCAUGGUAAGGAUACCGAGACGAGACCGACUUUGUUCGGUGACAGGAUCUUUCAGGGUGGUCCUGCUCCUUCAGACAUCCCCAAUGGCGGCCACGCCUCCUCAGCUUAG